AUGUCACGGACCAAUCAGCGAAGCGGCUCGGCCCCUCGACGUCGGUCUCCUCUCCUCUCAACCAAUCAGCUUGUUCGAUAUGACUGUACUUCAUAUGGCCGGCUGCCUCAGUGUCAGGUAGACGGGACGAUCCGCGACAAGUCUUCUCUCCUGUCCUGCAUUCAUCUGACACUGACCAUCAUGGAGGUGAACGGCACGGCGGACAUCUUGAGCUCUGCCUACCUGGCGGUGGAGUACAUGGAUGCGGUGUUGCCAGAAAACCCCCUCCAGCCCUCCAUGAAACACGCCUGGGACUACAUGAUGGACAACUACACCAAGUUCCAGAUUGCCACCUGGGGGUCGCUCAUCGUCCACGAGUUCAUCUACUUCCUGUUCUGCCUCCCCGGAUUCCUCUUCCAGUUCUUGCCCUUCAUGCAGAAAUACAAGAUCCAACAGGACAAGCCGGAGACCUGGGAGAAACAGUGGAGGUGUUUUAAGAUGCUGCUGUUCAACCAUUUCUGUAUCCAGCUGCCGUUGAUCUGUGGGACUUACUACUUCACUGAGUUCUUCAACAUCCCUUAUGACUGGAACUCCAUGCCACGCUGGUCAGUGGAAGUAUAA